UUGGAGAGGAGGACACAGGCACUCAAAACCCUGUCUGUGCUUGGUAUAUUAGGCAGCCAGUGCUCUUGGCUGGGAGCCCAGACGAGGCUUUUGUAAUCAAAACAUGAUCUUGUAUGCUGUGCAACCAGUGCUGAGAAAGGCCGUCUGAUGGCUCUCCUCUUUUAGCUCUGCUCUGGAAUCCGCCGGGCUUUGCCGCCGAUGUCCAACAUGCACCGAGCUGAUGCUGCUGUGGAUGAUGCAGUGUUAAGGAAGAAAGAGCAGAAAGAUGUUGAACUUGAUAAGAAAAUCUUGGCUUUGCGGAAAAAGAAUGAAGCGCUCAUACGGAGAUACCAGGAAAUAGAAGAGGACAAAAAGCGAGCUGAGCAGGAGGGAAUGGCUGUUACCUCCAGGAGACCCAAGCAGGAUGGACUCACUAUUACCAUCACCAAGGCUCACAACGACCUGAAAGAUGCAAUUACCCAGACUGAACACUAUGGACAAGAUAGCCCAGCCCUCUCGAUGGACAAGAGGGUGGUGAGCGAGAAAUGGGGGAGCCCCUGUCCUACGAGCCCUGGGUUCGGCAUUGGCAGUGAGGAAGAGGAGGAGGAGGAGGAGGCAGAUCAUAUGUUCACAUUCAGGAUGGGGAAGAGGAUGCAGCUGGCUGUUACCAUGGACAACAAAGCCAAGGGCAAGCGGAUCGUCAGUGAGAAACGCACCGAGUGCUUCCCUGGCCCAGGCAGAGUGCCAGACCUGAGCGAAGAAGAGACGGACCAUUUGGUGGCUUUCCGCCGGGGGAGAAGGAUGCAGAUUGCCAUCACUAUGGAUAACAAGGAAAAAGCAGAGGAGAGGAGAACAGCAGAGAAGAGGAGAUCAGACAGUGACAGAGGCGCAGAAAGCGAGCACAGCCGGAAGGAUAGCGGGAAGUCAGUGCAGAAGAGCCCUGGAGACCUCAGUUUCCCCAUGACUGGACGGGAACGCUCAGAGUACAUACGCUGGAAGAGGGAGCGCGAUAAGAUUGAUCUGGAGCGACUGGCACGCCACAAGAACGCGAAGGGCGAGUGGCGACGGGCUUGGGAUGUGGAGAAGUCGGAGCACAUGUUUGAAGAGGACUUUGUUAAGGAUGGGGAGCCAGCCUUGGAUAAUCCCAGCAAUAAGAAAGGGGGAAGAAACGCAAGGAAAUUCCAGCACAGGUCCUUUCCCCCCGACGGGAGAGGUGGAGGACAGCAUGGAGUGAGUGUGAGCGACCCUGGUCCGAAAGCAGUACCUGCUGUGAGCAGCCGAGCCAAAGGGAAGGACAGACUGACCGGCAGAGCCAGGAGAUGGGAUGCAAAAGAAGGCGAGGACAUGUCUUUUCUGAAGGAUGACCUUGAGGGCCAGAGGAGCCUUGGUACGGACAAGCGGAAGAGCAGAGGUGAGGAGAGGGUGGAAGAGAACUGUACAGCUGAGCUGGAGGAGGAGGCAAAACAGCCAAGCCCCCAGGAUCAUGUAGCCUCCUCAUCACAAAGGCUACGAAAUGGAAAGGUCCAGUCUGCCCACAAUGGCCAGAAGGAGGAGCGGAGAGGAGUGAAGGGCUUCAGCAUGGAGGUGUCUGCAGCCAGCACAGGUGACUCAGAGCCAGGGCCCAAGCCAAGUAAGGAAGGUGUUGGGGAAGAUGCCAAUGGGAAGCCUGGCACUGAUGAUACCUCUCAGGAGAAGGAGAGCACUAACAGCGCUGCUUCACAGAGCAGCCUUCCAAGCACUGUGCAAGCCCCCAGGCACGGCAGCGAGGAGACCUUGUCAUUGCCUGUGGAAGCAAGUUUAGGUGGAGCUGGCUUAGAGGAAAACACAGCUUUAGAACAGGAGUCCGCUGAGGCCUCUUCAAACGGCCACGGAGAAAACCUUGACACAGCAGCGGGAGACAGACUGGAUGCAGGUCAAGGACAGCUGGUGAGAAAAAGAGGGGAGGAAGUGACCCAAGACGCUGCCCUGCAGGGGCAAACGCUUGCACUGAAAGGAGAUGAAGACGCUGAAGGCACUGAACACAGAGGAGAGCCUUUGCCCCCAGGGAAAGCCAACUCUGACAAGACUGUUGUGUCUGAGCAGGACACAGGAAAAUCACAUACCACGGAAGGGGACCAGCCUGAGGAUUGCAAGGACAAGGACAGUGGGGACACUCUCAACUAGCAGAGAUUGUACCUGCCUGGGACAGAAGGAUAACGUGCUGAAGGUGGUGGAUGAGAAGAGGAGCGCAAGCUUGUCCUCGCUCUUUGACCUCCCAUGAAAUCAGCUUUCAGCACCCAUCCGCGACACGUGGGGUCCCCCGCCACCACCCCCCACUCCCUGCUCACACUUUCGGCGUCACCCUUUCCUGUCCGUACGCCAAAGGACAGGGAAGGCCCCGACCUACAGACAAACACCGUCACUUUUCUUUUGUAUUUGUUUUGCCUAUAUUGCAGCUGUGUGGCAAGCCAAUGAAAUGUCUACUGGAUGCACUUUAUUUUAUUUAAUAACUAAUUCUGUUUAAAGUUAAGAUUUCGGUUUCUGGGCUCCCCACCCGUUUCCUCCCGCAGGGGCUGGCAGGGAACCGCAGGUGCCGGGAGGUCAGCAGCGGCUGUGCGAGCUCUCCCCUGCUGUUGGGCAGGGAGCAGGCGGCUGGCAGAGCGUUGGGAGACAGGGUGAGAGGCGUUACGUUGUAGUUCAGUAGGUGGAUGAAAAAGUAGUGUUCAGAGCAGCUCUCGUGCUAGAGGUUUGUAUGCGGUUGAAGUGUUGGCGGGGGCGUGCGGUAGCUGCGUGGGUCGCGGGGCACAAAGGGGACGGUGCGUUCUUGAGUUACGCUGUGGGGCGCAGGCGCUUUUGACAAGCACGCAUCAACCACAGCACCUCGUCCUUUAAAAGCUUGCUUUCCUCCUGUUCGAUGUAGUAGGGCACAAGCAGCAGAGGCUCAACCAGCACGUCAGGAGAGACUGCUUUUUUUCCAAGGAAGGUGGCUGCUAGGGUGAAGCAGGUAUGCAUGCAGCUCAGCAAAACACUGCAGGCCGGGAAGGCUACAGUAACUGGAGGUGCUUGCAGCUCCACGUGCCACGCAGGGCAAGGAGGACAGCACAAACCCAAUAACCUUCCUUCUCCACCACGCUGCACGAAGGAGUCUGCGGCAGAACCCAGGCCAAAUUGGAGCUGAGGGUCUAAGGCUUCCUGUCAAACGCUUUCACCUUCCUGGUUGUGCCUCUCACAGCCUUGUGCUUGAAUAAGAGGGCAGCAGUUCCCCUGGGAGCUGCCAUGCAGGCGUUUCGACCUGGCCUUAAAAGAUACCUUUCAAAUCGAGGAUCUGGAUGAGCAUUUACAAGCUUAAAUGAGCGAGAAUGCCAGCUGCUUGGAUUGCCGUGCAGCUGAGAUUCACAGCAAACUAGGACCUAGCUGAAAUGCAGCUACCAAUUAAGAAGGCAGAAAGCAGGCACAAGGGAAACACAACAUAAUUUCUGACUUCUGAAUGACGGAGCAGAGAGGCUCUCACCCUCAUUUUAAAGUGCUGCUCUAAAGCUCAAUACAGGAGUAAAUGUCCGCGCAGACACGUGUGCGUGGAGAUUUACUGGAUUUCAUUGCAAGGUGCAUUCGCUAACCAGAAUGGCAGGCUGCCUUGGUGAUAAGGUAGGCACGUGUGGACUGAAAUACUGUACGCUGUUUUAAUAAACUAAUAUUUGCACAGG